AAUUCUGCAAGUGGUUCUGAUUUACUAUCACUGUUCUCUAGCUGGUCUAAAACCUCUUUUGACCUAAAGGGACGCUUUUUGGACGCCAUGGACGUUUCUCAGUUUCCAGACAGAAAGGGCGGUAAAAAUGCAGGCAGGGCACAGGACAAAGCACUAGGGACAAAAUGUAUGUGAAAUGGUUUGAUACAUGAAUGUCACUUUUUUUCAUUUUCAAAUUUCCCGCGGUUCCGUCCCCCGUACGUCCCGACGCUCGCAGGGGACGGAACCCAGAAGACAGAUGCCAGCAUCCGCCGGAGGACAUUGCCGGGGACACUGCAGGAGGGACAU